UCGCGCGACUUGGGUGGCCCCGCCCCUCUCCUCCUCCUGGUUGACGAGACGCCGCCGCUGCCGCUUCUCAUUCUGUUUUCCGGCGGAGGAAGGAAGGAAGGAAGGGAGGGAAGAAAGAAGGAAAGAAGGAAAGGAGGACGGCGACAGACCUGAUGGCAAAUGCAUAGGCAGACAUGGCUGCCAUGGUUCCCCCGGUGAAGCUAAAAUGGCUGGAGCACCUGAACAGCUCGUGGAUCACGGAGGAUAUCGAGUCCAUUGCCACGCGGGAGGGGGUGGCGGUUCUCUACACCAAGCUAGUGGGCAACAAGGAGGUGGUGCCCUUGCCCCAGCAGGUGCUCUGCCUCAAGGGGCCCCAGCUGCCUGACUUUGAGCGCGAGUCCCUGUCCAGCGACGAGCAGGACCACUACCUCGAUGCCCUCCUCAGCAGCCAGCUGGCCCUGGCCAAGAUGGUGUGCUCCGAUUCGCCCUUCGCCGGCGCCCUCUGCAAGCGCCUUCUGGUCCUGCAGCGCGUCUUCUAUGCCCUUUCCAACAAGUACCAUGACAAGGGCAAGGUCAAACAGCAACAGCACUCCCCUGAGAGCAGCAUGGGGUCAGUAGAUGUCCACUCAGUCAGUGAGCGGCCGCGGUCGAGCACAGAUGCCCUGAUCGAGAUGGGGGUGCGGACGGGGCUCAGCCUCCUGUUUGCAUUGCUGAGGCAGAGCUGGAUGAUGCCGGCCUCGGCUGGGACAGGGCUGAGCCUUUGCAACGAUGUCAUCCGCACGGCCAUUGAGGUGGUCAGCUCCCUGCCCCCGCUCUCCCUAGCCAACGAGAGCAAGAUCCCGGCCAUGGGGUUGGACUGCCUUUCUCAGGUCACUGCCUUCCUGAAAGGAGUGACCGUCCCCAACUCUGGGGCGGACACGCUGGGACGGCGCCUGGCCUCUGAGCUGCUGCUGGGCCUGGCUGCCCAGCGCGGCUCCUUACGCUACCUCCUGGAGUGGAUCGAGAUGGCACUGGGUGCAUCGGCUGUGGUCAACGCCAUGGAGAAGAACAGGGCCCUGCCUGCCCAGGAGGGCAUGGUCGGCUUCGACUGCUUCAUGAACAUACUCAUGCAGAUGCGCCGGUCAUUGGGAUCGUCUGCUGAUCGAAGCCAGUGGAAAGAACCAACACGAACCUCUGAUGGCUUAUGCUCACUUUACGAGGCAGCCUUGUGCCUCUUUGAGGAGGUCUGCCGCAUGGCCUCCGACUAUUCCCGCACAUGCGCCAGCCCUGACAGCAUCCAGACCGGCAGCGACGCUCCCGUUAUCUCGGAGACAUGCGAGGUCUACGUUUGGGGCAGCAACAGCAGUCACCAACUGGUGGAAGGCACCCAGGAGAAGAUCCUUCAGCCCAAGUUGGCCCCCAGCUUUUCCGAUGCGCAGACAAUUGAAGCCGGACAGUACUGCACCUUUGUCAUAUCCACAGAUGGCUCUGUCCGGGCCUGUGGCAAAGGCAGCUACGGGCGGUUAGGACUCGGCGAUUCCAACAAUCAAUCCACUCUGAAGAAGCUGACCUUUGAGCCUCACCGGUCGAUCAAGAAGGUGUCAUCAUCCAAAGGCUCGGAUGGCCACACGCUGGCCUUCACCACCGAAGGGGAGGUCUUCAGCUGGGGAGACGGCGACUAUGGGAAGCUGGGCCAUGGGAACAGCUCCACACAGAAGUACCCCAAACUCAUCCAGGGCCCCUUGCAAGGAAAGGUUGUGGUGUGCGUUUCAGCUGGAUACCGACACAGCGCUGCCGUGACCGAAGAUGGCGAAUUAUACACCUGGGGAGAAGGAGAUUUUGGGCGGCUAGGUCACGGUGACAGCAACAGUCGCAACAUUCCCACUCUGGUCAAGGACAUCAGCAACGUGGGCGAGGUCUCUUGCGGCAGCUCCCACAGCAUCGCUUUAUCCAAAGAUGGGCGCACCGUUUGGUCCUUUGGAGGAGGAGACAAUGGCAAACUCGGCCAUGGCGACACCAACAGAGUCUACAAACCUAAAGUGAUAGAGGCGCUGCAGGGAAUGUUCAUCAGGAAGGUUUGUGCUGGGAGCCAGUCGUCGCUGGCGCUGACCUCAACAGGGCAGGUCUACGCCUGGGGCUGUGGGGCCUGCUUGGGGUGCGGCUCUUCCGAAGCAACUGCCCUCCGGCCCAAACUGAUCGAGGAGCUGGCCGCUACUCGGAUUGUGGAUAUCUCCAUCGGGGACAGCCACUGCUUGGCGCUUUCACACGAUAACGAGGUGUAUGCCUGGGGCAACAACUCCAUGGGGCAGUGCGGCCAGGGCAACUCCACCGGCCCCAUCACCAAGCCCAAGAAAGUGAGUGGCCUGGACGGAGUGGCCAUCCAGCAGAUCUCGGCCGGGACCUCCCACAGCCUGGCCUGGACGGCCCUGCCCAGGGACAGGCAAGUGGUGGCCUGGCAUCGGCCUUACUGUGUGGAUCUCGAAGAAAGCACCUUUUCGCACCUCCGCUCUUUCCUGGAACAAUAUUGCGACAAAAUCAACAGCGAAGUUCCUCCUCUUCCUUUCCCUUCUUCUAGGGAGCACCACCACUUCCUGAAGCUGUGCCUGAAGCUGCUCUCCAACCACCUGGCCUUAGCCUUGGCCGGCGGAGUGGCCACCAGCAUCCUGGGCAGGCAGGCUGGGCCCCUGCGCAACCUCCUCUUCCGGCUGAUGGACUCCUCCGUCCCAGAUGAAAUCCAGGAAGUAGUGAUUGAGACCCUCUCAGUUGGUGCCACAAUGCUACUUCCGCCCUUGAGGGAGAGAAUGGAGCUGCUGCAUUCGCUGCUGCCACAAGGCCCCGACCGAUGGGAGAGCCUCUCCAAAGGACAGCGGAUGCAGCUGGACAUCAUCCUGACCAGCCUGCAGGACCACACGCACGUGGCCUCCCUGCUGGGCUACAGCUCCCCUUCGGACGCUACGGACAUCUCUUCGCUCUGCAUGGCCUACGCAAGCCUCUCCGACCCCACCUUUGGCUCCCAGAGCAACCAUCCGGACACCCACCUGGCUGAAAUCCUCAUGAAGACCCUCCUGCGCAAUCUGGGGUUUUAUACCGACCAGGCCUUUGGGGAGCUGGAAAAGAACAGCGACAAGUUCCUUCUGGGGACGUCCUCCUCCGAGAACAGCCAGCCGGCCCACCUGCAUGAGCUCCUCUGCUCCCUCCAGAAGCAGCUCCUGGCCUAUUGCCACAGCAGCAGCCUCGGGGAGAACUCCAGCAGCAGUGUGGCCCUGCUUCACAAGCACCUGCAGCUCCUCCUACCGCACGCCACAGACAUCUUUUCCCGCUCUGCCAUUCUGUUGAAGGAGAGUUCCUGGAACGGCAGCGUUGGCGAAAAGCUCAGAGACGUGGUGUACGUCUCUGCAGCAGGAAGCAUGCUUUGCCAGAUCGUGAAUUCCCUGCUGCUGCUGCCAGUCUCGGUCGCUCGGCCAUUGCUGAGUUUCCUCCUGGACCUCCUGCCCCCUCUGGACUGCCUCAACCGACUGCUCCCAGCAGCGGCGCUUCUGGAAGAUCAGGAGCUGCAGUGGCCACUCCAUGGUGGUCCGGAGCUGGUGGACCCGUCCGGGGUGCCCUUGCCACAGCCGGCCCAGUCCUGGGUCUGGCUGGUCGACCUGGAGCGGACAGUGGCGCUGCUGAUCGGUCGCUGCCUGGGAGGGAUGCUGCAGGGCCCCCCCGCCUCGCCUGAGGAGCAGGACACCUCCUUCUGGCUCAAGACCCCCCUCUUCAGCGACGGGGUCGAGGUGGACGUCCCACAACUAGAGAAGUCCAUGAGUUCUCUGCUGGAAGCCGCCCUCUCCGGCAAUGAGGAGCAGAAGCCCUUUGACUACAAGCUGCGCCCGAACAUCUCCGUGUUUGUGGACCUUGCCUUGGGCUGUGCUAAGGAGCCGGCCCGGAGCCUCUGGGUCAGCAUGCAGGACUACGCCACCAGCAAAGAUUGGGACAGUGCCACGCUGAGCAGCGAGUCCCUCUUGGACACCGUCUCCAGGUUUGUCCUGGCUGCCCUUUUGAAGCACACCGGCCUCCUCGACCAGGCCAGCGGAGAGAGCAGAUACCAGCCAGGCAAAGCUCUGGUCGAAGUGUAUCGGUGCGUGUACAAAGUCCGAAGCCGUUUGCUUGCCUGCAAGAACAUGGAGCUCAUUCAGACCCAGUCAUCUUCAAGAGACCGAUGGCUGUCAGAGAAUCUAGACUCCUCGGAGCUGGAUGCACAGGAGAGUUCCUUCACGCGCACCAUUGAUGAGGAGGCGGAGAUGGAGGAGCAGGCCGAGCGCGAGAGGGAAGAGGGCCACCUGGAGCAGGAGGAGGAGGAAGAGGAGCAUGAGCACGAAGUGAUGACGGCUGGCAAAAUCUUUCAAUGUUUCCUAUCAGCCCGCGAAGUGGCACGCAGCCGGGAGCGGAGCAGCGGUGGAGGGGCUGGGGCGCGCCUGGAGGGGGAGCUGCCCCCGGGGUCCCCACAGGAGUGGCGCGGCAGCAGGGAGCUGCUCCUCCCGGAAGGGCAGGAUGUCUACACCGCCGCCUGCAACGCCGUGGUCCACCGCUGUGCCCUGCUAAUCCUGGGGGUCAGCCCUGUGGUGGAGGAGCUGCAGCGGCAAAGGAGAGAGGAAGGGCUGGCCCCACAGCAGCAGCCACCGCCGUCUCUCUCCGGAGGAGGCGGCUCCGAAGGGGGAGCAGGAGGAGGGCUCAUGACCAGAAGCGAGAGCCUGAUGGCUGAGAGCCACUCAGUCCAUUCCAUGUCCAACUACAAGCUGCUGAAGUCACGGAGCGAGUCGGACCUGUCUCAACCUGAAUCCGACGAAGAAGGCUACUCCCUGAAUGGACGGCGAAAUGUGGACCUGGAUUUGGCAUCAUCGCAUAGAAAGAGGGGUGUGGGGCACAGUCCCAUGGAGGCCCUGAGCGACUCCUGGGCGCGCCUGAAGCAGCGAGACUGGCUCUACGGCUCCUCCUCCUGCCUCUUCGGGGAGUCGUUGUUGGACUUUGACCCCACCCAGGCUGUGGGGCUCCACACCAUCAUCGAGAACGUGGUGGGCUUCGUCAGCGGAGAUGUGGGCAGCCCGCCGGGCUUUAAGGAGCCCGAGGAGAGCAUGUCCACCAGCCCCCAGGCCUAUGUCCUGGCCAUGGAGCAGCAGCAGCAGCGCGCCGAGCUGCGCUUGGAGGCCCUGCACCAGAUCCUGGUCCUGCUCUCCGGGAUGGAGGAGGAGAAGGGCAACAGUAGCACCUCUGCUGCCUCCGCCUCCACCGCCGUGUCCCCCCUGGGGCUUCGCCAAGGGCUGGCCUUCCCGUCGGCCUCCCUCCUCACCUCGGUGCGGCUGCAGUUCCUGGCUGGGUGCUUUGGCCUGGGCUCUGUGGGCCACACAGGCACCAAGGGGGAGAGUGUCCGCCUCCAUCACUACCAGGACGGCAUCCGGGCCGCCAAGAGGAACAUCCAGGCAGAGAUCCAAGUGGCGGUGCACAAGAUCUAUCAGCAGCUGUCGGCCACGCUGGAAAGGGCCCUCCAAGCAAAUAAACACCACAUUGAGGCCCAGCAGCGCCUCCUGCUGGUGACGGUCUUUGCGCUGAGUGUCCAUUACCAGCCAGUGGACGUCUCCUUGGCCAUCUCCACUGGCCUGCUCAACGUCCUCUCCCAGCUCUGUGGGACCGACACCAUGCUGGGACAGACCCUGCAGCUCCUCCCCAAGUCUGGCGUCUCCCAGCUCAGCACCGCCCUCAAGGUCGCCAGCACUAGGCUUCUCCAGAUCCUCGCCAUCACCACCGGGACCUACGCGGACAAGCUGAGCCCCAAAGUGGUGCAGUCCUUGCUGGACCUGCUGUGCAGUCAGCUAAAGAACCUGCUCUCACAGGCUGGAGGGAUGCUCAUGGCCUCCUUUGGGAAGAAAGAGGGUGGCGAACAAGAGCUGGAGGACGAGAAGAAAACCGAAUCCAGUGGAGAGAGCGAGAGGAAGGACUUCAGAGUAGCUCUCCGGAAACAGCACGCAGCCGAGUUGCAUCUAGGCGAUUUCUUAGUCUUCCUGAGGAGGGUGGUUUCUUCCAAAGCCAUCCAAUCCAGGAUGGCUUCUCCGAAGUGGACAGAAGUACUGCUGAAUAUCGCCUCCCAGAAGUGCUUCUCAGGCGUUCCUCUGGUGGGCAACCUGCGCACUCGGCUGCUGGCCCUGCACGUCCUGGAAGCCGUCCUGCCCGCCUGCGAAUCUGGGGUGGAAGAUGACCAGAUGGAUCAGGUGAUUGAGCGUCUCUUUUCCCUCCUUUCGGACUGCAUGUGGGAGAGUCCCGUGGCACAAGCGAAGCACAUCAUUCAGAUCAAGGAGAAGGAGCAAGAAAUUAAGCUGCAGAAACAGGGGGAGUCAGAAGAAGAGGAUGAGAACCUCCCGAUCCAGGAAGUGUCUUUUGACCCGGAGAAGGCCCAGUGCUGUGUUGUGGAGAAUGGGCAGAUCCUGACCCACGGGAGCGGCGGGAAGGGCUAUGGCCUGGCCUCCACCGGCGUCACCUCUGGCUGCUACCAGUGGAAGUUCUACAUCGUGAAGGAGAAUCGGGGCAAUGAAGGGACUUGUGUGGGCGUCUCCCGCUGGCCGGUCCACGACUUCAACCACCGCACAACCUCGGACAUGUGGCUCUACCGUGCCUACAGCGGGAACCUCUACCAUAAUGGGGAACAGACCCUAACGCUGACCAGCUUCACCCAAGGAGACUUCAUCACCUGCGUGCUGGACAUGGAGGCCAGGACUAUCUCCUUCGGCAAGAACGGAGAGGAACCCAAGCUGGCUUUUGAAGACGUGGAUGCGGCAGAGCUCUACCCGUGUGUGAUGUUUUAUAGCAGCAAUCCUGGAGAGAAGGUCAAGAUAUGCGACAUGCAGAUGCGUGGGACGCCACGGGACCUGCUCCCAGGGGACCCCAUUUGCAGCCCUGUAACCACAGUGCUGGCAGAGGCCACCGUCCAGCUCAUCCGCAUCCUCCACCGGACAGACCGCUGGACGCACUGCAUCAACAAGAAGAUGACGGAGCGGCUGCACAAGAUCAAGGGCUGCCUCAAGGAGGCCUCCUCCGCCCCCUCUGUCCCCGGGCAGAAGCUGAAGAAGAGCCGCUCGGUGCAGAGCCGAGAUGAGAGCGAGGCCCGCGAGGAGAAGGAGAUAGAGGAGCGAAGCAAGCCUGGUUCAGGAGGGGGGCGUCAUGGCCUGGCUGACCUUUCGGAGCCCCAGCUGAAGAUCCUCUGCACGGAGGUCUGGCCCGUGCUUGCUGUCAUUGGCGGAGUGGAUGGCGGGCUGCGGGUUGGAGGGCGCUGCAUCCACCGCCAGACCGGGCGCUACGCAACGCUGCUGGGAGUGGUCAAGGAAGGCAGUGCCUCCGCCAAGGUCCAGUGGGAUGAGGCCGAGAUCACCAUCAGCUUCCCAACUUUUUGGUCGCCUAGUGACACGCCCCUGUAUAACCUGGAGCCGUGCGAGCCCCUGCCCUUUGACGUGGCGCGCUUCCGAGGGCUGACAGCCACCGUGUUGUUGGACCUCACCUUCCUGACCGGGAUCCAUGAAGAGGCUGGGAAGCCGUGCCCCAAGCGGCACGAGAAGAAGCACCGGAAUGACCCUGAAGACCGGGUGGAGGCUGAGCAGAAGUCCGAUGAAGUGGACGCCACUGCCACAGAGUCGACACCCAGCACCGAGGAGGGCAGGGGACAUUCUCGGUUCGAAAGCGAGGGUGGCCCCUUCCUCUUGGAAGCCAUCUCCUUCGGCGUGACAGCAGAGGGACCACACCCCAACGCCGAGGGCAAACGCAAGAACCAUGACCACGGCCCCAAGAGCCACGAGGCUGCCAUGCAGUCGGAGAUCCGGGCAGUGCAGCUGUCGUACCUCUACCUGGGCGCCAUGAAGUCGCUUGGCACCCUCCUGAGCUGCAGCAAGUACGCCGAGCUGCUUCUGAUCCCCAAGGUCCUGGCCGAGAGUGGGCACAACUCAGACUGCGCCAGCUCCCCGGUCGUCCACGAGGAGGCUGAGAUGCGGGCCGCCCUGCAGUUCCUCAUGCGCCACAUGGUCAAGCGGGCAGUCAUGCGCUCGCCCAUCAAGCGGGCCCUGGGACUGGCAGAUCUGGAGCGUGCACAGGCCAUGGUCUACAAGCUGGUGGUCCACGGGAUGCUGGAGGAGCAGGGCAGCAGCAGCCGGACCAAGACAGAGGUGGACCCUCAGGCGGAGGAGGGUGAGGGGCCCCCGCAGGCCCAGACGCCAGUCACCACCAGCCCCUCGGCCUCCAGCACCACUUCCUUCAUGAGCAGCUCCCUGGAGGACACCACCACCGCUACCACCCCGGUCACCGACACCGAGACCGUCCCCGCCUCCGAGUCGCCCGGCGUCCUGCCCCUCAGCCUCCUCCGGCAAAUGUUCUCCAGCUACCCGACAACAGCUGCCCUCCCUGCGAGGCGGGCCCAGACCCCGCCAGUCUCCUCGUUGCCCACCUCCCCCUCGGACGACGUGGGCCGCCGGCAGUCCCUCACCUCCCCAGACUCCCAGUCUGCGCGGCCUGCCAACCGCACAGCUUUGUCAGACCCCAGCAGCCGCCUCUCGACCUCCCCGCCUCCGCCAGCCAUCGCGGUGCCUCUGCUGGAAAUGGGCUUCUCCCUCCGGCAGAUCGCCAAAGCCAUGGAAGCCACAGGUGCGAGAGGUGAGGCAGAUGCCCAGAACAUCACAGUGCUGGCCAUGUGGAUGAUUGAGCACCCGGGGACCGAGGAGGAGGAGUCACAUCCGGGAGAAGAGGCCGGGGUGGACACGCGCCUCCAGGGGGUGGGGACGGGCCUCUCAGGAGGCAAGUCCAGUGACCAGUGCUUCCUGCAGUCCCCAGGAGACAUCCCUUCUGCUGACGCCCCUGAGAUGGAGGAAGCCUUCGGUGAAAGCCACGAUAACAUGGAGAACGGGGAAAACACCGCGUCAGGAAGUGGACCCGCCUCCAGAGGACGCUCUGCCGUCACCCGGAGACACAAGUUCGACUUGGCGGCCCGAACGCUGCUGGCACGAGCAGCGGGAUUGUACCGCUCUGUACAGGCCCACAGGAACCAGAGCCGGAGGGAAGGGGUCUCCCUGCCACAGGACCCGGGCGCCUUCUACGACUUCAACCUGGACGAAGAGCUGGAGAUCGACCUGGACGACGAGGCUAUGGAGGCCAUGUUUGGGCAGGACCUGGCCAGUGAUAAUGACAUUCUGGGAAUGUGGCUCCCAGAGGUACUGGAUUGGCCGACCUGGCACGUUUGCGAGUCGGAAGACCGGGAGGAGGUGGUGGUGUGUGAGCUGUGCGAGUGCAGCGUGGUCAGCUUCAACCAGCACAUGAAGAGGAAUCACCCAGGCUGCGGCCGCAGCGCCAAUCGCCAGGGCUACCGCAGCAACGGCUCCUACGUCGAUGGCUGGUUUGGUGGGGAGUGCGGCAGCGGGAACCCCUACUACCUCCUUUGCGGAAGCUGCCGGGAGAAGUACCUGGCCCUCAAGAGCAAGAGCAAGACCUCCGCCUCAGAAAGGUACAAAGGACAAGCCCCCGACCUGAUUGGCAAGCAAGAGAGCGUCUAUGAAGAGGACUGGGACAUGUUGGACGUGGACGAGGAGGAGAAGCUGACCGGGGAGGAGGAGUUUGAGCUGCUGGCCGGACCCCUUGGCCUCAACGACCGCCGAAUCGUUCCUGAGCCGGUCCAGUUCCCAGACAGCGACCCGCUGGGGGCAUCUGUGGCCAUGGUCACCGCCACCAACAGCAUGGAGGAAACACUCAUGCAGAUCGGCUGCCAGGGCUCGGUGGAUAAGGGCUCCUUGGGCCGCGUGACGCUGGGGGAGCAGGCGGCUGCCCUGGUGAACCCGCAUGACCGGCUGGUGGCACUGCGCCGGGUGACAGCGGCCGCCCAAGUGCUCCUGGCCAGGACCAUGGUAAUGCGUGCCCUCUCCCUCCUCUCCGUCAGCGGUUCCAGUUGCAGCCUGGCCGCAGGGCUAGAGUCUCUUGGCCUGACGGACAUCCGGACCUUGGUGCGUCUGAUGUGCCUGGCUGCCGCCGGUCGUGCGGGACUCUCCACGGGACCCUGCUCCUCCUCCUCUUCCACUUCCUCCUCCUCUGCCUCGGGGGCUGCAGAGAGGUCGCGGGGAGCUCUCCACAGCAAGAUGAGCAAGCCCAUCUCCUGCCUGGCCUACCUCAGCACUGCUGUCGGCUGCCUGGCCUCCAACUCACCCAGUGCUGCCAAGCUCCUAGUCCAUCUCUGCACACAGAACCUGAUUUCGGCCGCCACAGGAGUCAACCUGACCACAGUGGAUGACCCGGUGCAGCGGAAGUUCCUGCCCAGCUUCCUGCGUGGGAUCGCCGAGGAGAACAAGCUGGUGACAUCCCCCAACUUUGUGGUGACCCAGGCGCUGGUGGCCCUGUUGGCCGACAAGGGGGCCAAGCUGCGGCCCAAUUAUGACAAAGCCGAGGUGGAGAAGAAAGGCCCACUGGAGCUGGCUAAUGCACUAGCCGCUUGCUGCCUCUCUUCAAGGUUGUCCUCACAGCACCGGCAGUGGGCCGCCCAGCAACUGGUCCGCACCCUGGCUGCGCACGACCGCGACAACAGCCAGAGCAUCCCCCAGACCUUAGCCGACAUGGCCUCCGACCUGCGCAAGUGCGCCUCCAUCAAGCUGGAGGCCCACCAGAACCGGGUCACCACUUGCGUUUGGUGCAACAAGAAGGGCCUCUUGGCCACAAGCGGCAAUGAUGGGACGAUCCGGGUGUGGAGCAUAACAAAGAAGCAGUACUCCUUGCAGCAGACCUGUGUCUUCAUUAAACUGGAAGGCGAAGCAGAGGAUAGCAGCCCGGGCUCCCCCAGCGACCCCAGUCUCUCCCUGGCCUGUUGGAGCCCCAGUGGGCGCUUCCUGGCUGGAGCCUUGGAAAAGAUGGUCAACAUCUGGCAGGUCAACGGCGGGAAAGGCCUACUGGAUGCCCAACCACACUGGGUCUCGGCGCUGUCCUGGGCAGAGGAGGGUUCGGCCGCAGUCUGGACUGGGGAGGUGGCCCCCGAGGCACUGCUGGUGGGGCGCAUGGACGGCUCCCUCGGCCUCAUUGAAGUCCUGGACGCCUCUGCCAUGCGCCGCCUGGAGCUGGAGCACUGCUACCGCAAGGACGUGUCGGUGACCUGCCUGGCGUGGUUCAGCGAAGACAAGCCUUUUGCGGUGGGCUAUUUGGACGGGAAGCUACUGAUUGGCACCAAAGAGGAGCCCCUUGGGAAAGGAGGCAUUGUCCUGGUCGAUGCCCACAAGGACAGUCUCCUGAGCCUGAAGUGGGACCCAACCGGCCGGAUCCUGCUGACCUGCGCCAAGGAGGAGUUAGUCAAGCUCUGGGGCUUCUCUGUGGCCGGAGGCUGGUGCCACUUGCACUCCCUCCCCCACCCGGGCCCGGUGACCACCACUGCCUGGUGCGGCCUCCCAGGACGGGGGCCCAAGCCUCAGCUCUUACUGGCCACCGGGUGCCAAAACGGCUUGCUGUGCGUCUGGACGGUCCCCCAAGACGAGCUUUUGCAACGCCAGCCCAACCUCAAUGGCGCCGAAGGAUGGUGGGACGAGGAGGCUGCCGGGAAGGAGGCCUAUAGGUGCGUCUUCCAGCUGCGGGGACACAUCACUCCGGUCCGGACGGUGACCUUCAGCUCGGAUGGACUAACCCUGGUUUCAGGGGGCCUGGGGGGCUUGGUCAACAUCUGGUCGCUCCGGGAUGGUUCUGUUUUGCAGAGUGUGGUGAUUGGUUCCGGAGCUGUUCAGGCAGCUGUCUGGAUCCCUGACGUUGGAGUUGCCACUUGCUCUAAUCGAUCCAAGGACGUGCUGGUGGUCAACUGCACCCCUGACUGGAUCUCCUCCAGCCACGUCUUGGCCACCUGCCGGAGCGCCUUAAAGCAACAGGGCAUUGUGGGCCUGAACAUGGCUCCCUGCAUGAGGGCCUUUCUGGAGCGCCUGCCCAUCAUGCUCCAGGAGCAGUACGCCUAUGAGAAGCCGUACGUCGUAUGUGGGGACCAGCUGGUGCACAGUCCAUACCUGCAGUGCCUGGCCUCGCUGGCAGUGGGGCUGUGCCUGGACCGGCUGCUGUGCCGCGCGCCUGUGGCCCCGCACCUCCUGCACCAGCAGCAGCAUCAGCACCAGCAGGGAGGCCUGCCCCCAGAACUACCCGCAGCCUGGAGCCCCUCCGAGUGGGCCUGGCUGGAGUGCUUCUCCACCACCGUCAAGGCCGCCGAAGCCCUGGCCAGGGGCACUGCCUUCCCCGAGGCCUUCGCCGUCCCCGACCUGGAGCCCGUCCCCGAAGAGGAGCUCGCCCUCCUGAUGGACAACAGCAAAUGGAUCAACGGCAUGGACGAGCAGAUCAUGUCCUGGGCGACAUCGCGCCCUGAGGACUGGCACCUUGGCGGGAAGUGCGACGUCUUCCUGUGGGGCGCCGGGCGUCACGGGCAACUGGCAGAAGCCGGGAGGAACGUCCUGGUGCCGCUUCCCGCCCCCUCCUUCUCGCAGGCCCAGCAGGUCAUUUGUGGCCAGAACUGCACCUUUGUGAUCCAGGCGAAUGGGACGGUCCUGGCCUGUGGAGAAGGGAGCUACGGCCGCCUGGGGCAAGGCAAUUCGGAUGACCUCCACGUGCUGACCGUCAUCUCUGCACUGCAAGGUUUCGUGGUCACUCAACUGGUGACAUCCUGCGGCUCGGACGGCCAUUCCAUGGCCCUGACGGAGAGUGGGGAGGUGUUCAGCUGGGGAGAUGGGGAUUAUGGGAAGCUGGGCCACGGGAACUCUGACCGGCAGCGGCGGCCACGGCAGAUCGAGGCCCUGCAAGGAGAGGAAGUUGUGCAGAUGUCCUGCGGCUUCAAGCACUCGGCCGUGGUGACCGCCGACGGGAAGCUCUUCACCUUUGGGAACGGGGACUAUGGCCGGCUGGGCCUGGGCAACACCUCCAAUAAGAAGCUCCCGGAGAGAGUGGCUGCGCUGGAGGGAUACCAGAUUGGAGAGGUGGCCUGUGGGCUGAACCACACCCUAGUCGUGUCCACGGAUGGCUCCAUGGUCUGGGCCUUUGGUGACGGAGACUAUGGGAAGCUGGGCCUGGGAAACUCCACCGCCAAAUCCUCACCACAGAAAGUAGACAUUUUGUGCGGAAUUGGGAUUAAGAAAGUGGCCUGUGGGACCCAGUUUUCGGUGGCAUUGACCAAGGACGGCCACGUCUACACCUUUGGACAAGACCGGCUGAUCGGCUUGCCUGAAGGCCGGGCCCGCAACCACAACCGGCCACAGCAGGUCCCGGCCUUGUCGGGGCUCUUUGUGGAAGACAUCGCCGUGGGAGCAGAGCACACGCUGGCCCUUUCCGCCUCGGGGGACGUCUAUGCCUGGGGCAGCAACUCCGAAGGGCAGCUGGGCCUGGGCCACACCAACCAUGUCCGGGAGCCCACCCUCGUCACCUCCCUGCAAGGCAAGAGCGCCCGGCAGAUCUCUGCCGGUAGGUGCCACAGCGCCGCAUGGAGCUGCCCGCCCGUUCCCCCGCGAGCGCCAGGGGUGUCGGUGCCGCUGCAGCUGGGUCUGCCAGAUGCAGUGCCGCCGCAGUUUGGGGCCUUGAAGGAGGUGAGUCCCCACACGGUGCGGGCCCGGCUGCGCCUGCUCUACCACUUCUCCGACUUGAUGUACUCCUCCUGGCGCCUCCUCAACCUCAGCCCCAACAACCAGAACAGCACCUCCCAUUACAAUGCGGGGACCUGGGGCAUCGUCCAGGGGCAGCUACGCCCACUGCUGGCGCCCAGGGUCUACACACUGCCCAUGGUGCGUUCCAUCGGGAAGACCAUGGUGCAGGGCAAGAACUACGGGCCCCAGAUCACUGUCAAGAGGAUCUCCACCAGAGGCCGCAAGUGCAAGCCCAUCUUCGUGCAAAUCGCCAGGCAAGUGGUCAAGCUCAACGCCUCGGACCUGCGCCUCCCAUCCCGCGCCUGGAAGGUUAAGCUGGUUGGGGAAGGGGCCGACGACGCCGGGGGGGUCUUCGACGACACCAUCACCGAAAUGUGCCAGGAACUCGAAACCGGGGUGGUCGACCUCCUUAUCCCGUCCCCAAAUGCUUCAGCCGAAGUCGGCUACAAUAGGGACAGGUUCCUCUUCAACCCCUCGGCCUUCCUGGAGGAGCACCUGCUGCAGUUCAAGUUUCUGGGGGUGCUGAUGGGGGUGGCCGUCCGCACCAAGAAGCCCCUGGACCUGCACUUGGCCCCCUUGGUCUGGAAGCAGCUCUGCUGCAUCCCGCUGGCCCUGGAGGACCUGGAGGAGGUGGACCUUCUCUACGUCCAGACCCUCAACAGCAUUCUUCACAUUGAAGAUGGCGGCAUCACCGAGGAGAACUUCCACGAGAUGAUCCCUCUGGAUUCCUUCGUGGGGCAGAGCGCCGAUGGGAAAAUGGUGCCCAUCAUCCCUGGAGGGAACAGCAUCCCGCUCACCUUCUCCAAUCGCAAGGAGUACGUGGAGAGGGCCAUCGAGUACCGGCUCCACGAAAUGGACCGGCAGGUGGCAGCUGUGCGCGAGGGCAUGUCGUGGAUCGUGCCCGUGCCGCUGCUCUCGCUGCUGACUGCCCGGCAACUGGAGCAGAUGGUGUGCGGCAUGCCGGAGAUCUCGGUGGAGGUGCUGAAGAAGGUGGUGCGCUACCGGGAGGUGGACGAGGCCCACACGCUGGUGCAGUGGUUCUGGCGUACGCUGGAGGAGUUCUCCAACGAGGAGCGUGUCCUCUUCAUGCGCUUCGUCUCCGGCCGCUCUCGCCUCCCUGCCAACACUGCCGACAUCUCCCAGCGCUUCCAGAUAAUGAAGGUCGAUCGGCCUUACGACAGCCUGCCUACCUCACAGACCUGCUUCUUCCAGCUGCGGCUGCCCCCGUACUCCAGCCAGAGCGUCAUGGCCGAGCGCUUGCGCUAUGCAAUCAACAACUGCCGCUCCAUCGACAUGGAUAAUUACAUGCUGUCGCGCAAUGUGGACAACGCCGAGGGCUCCGACACAGACUACUGACCCCUUCUUCCCUUUCCUCCACUUCCUCUUCCUCCUUCCGGGGACAAGAGCCAAUGCCGCCACCUCCCUCUUCUUGCACAUCGUGCCCUUGUCAGGUUUCAGUGUCAAAAACCAUUUUACUGAUGACAUUAUAGGUGUUUUAGGAAACAUUAAAGACAAAACAAAACAGUGGCCACUUUUUAUAAAAAAGUAAUUUACUCUCAAUGCAACGAGACUUCAAUGUGGGUUUCCUUUUUUUUCUCUCUCCUGUGACUGAACACAACACAAAUCCACAAAAGAGCGAGGAGAGCCGUGAAGUCCUUCCCCUUGUUCACUUUUUUUUGAGACGUUUGCAUGGAGCCUUUCUGGUGCAUUUUACCCCUUUGUUCGUUCGUUUGUUUGGGAAGGGUCUGUUUCUCUCCCUUCCCGGUGAACAUGAAGAGUUGUACAUUGUGUAUAAUUGUUCAUUAGAAAGGACAGUUUUACAUAUAUUUAUUUUUUGUUUUAAUUUGAAAUGCCUGUGCAGGGGUUCCUUUAUGCAGAGUAAAAUAAAGAGCCAAUUCAAGAACUGAA